AUGAAAAGUGCACAAUCAUUACAAGAUAAUAUAAUCAAAGUUGCUAAGAGUGAUAUGAAUGGACAAUCUUUAAUAUGGGGUGCACAUGAUAUCAGUUCAGAAAGAUCAUUAAUGAUGGAAGCUGAAGAAAAACAAAUUAAUAUCAAGGCAUUUUUUCUGAUUCAGCUGCUUCUUUUGGCCAAGUUUAAUGACCAUCAUACCAAUAUAAUUCGAACAAAUGGUAUUCCCUCUGUUUCAACCAAUAAUCAAUCAAUAUUACGUAAUGGCACCCGAAAACUUCCAGAUGAUGAUGAAACUGUAGAACAUGAAUCAACUACCAUUGGGCUCGAUUACCAAGUGAGUGACAAUGACAAUGAAGAUAAAUUUGGAGAGGGAACAAGUUCCGAAACUUAUUAUCAGACAAAUCAAAAUUCCGAAGAAAAGGAAGAUUUGGUUACGGGACAAAGAUGGGAAAAACUAAUUCAAGAAUGGAAAUAG